UCUCUGUAGCUCACUCCCUCGCCGCCAUUUACGAGGCAGGAAGGUGUUUGUGUGAGAGAGAGAGAGAGAGAGAGCCUUUGACCGCCGGAGCAGCAGCGUCACCGCCAUGGCGGGCGAUCAGAUGCACGUGCUCUCCGCGCUGGACAGCGCCAAGACGCAGUGGUACCACUUCACCGCCAUCGUCAUCGCCGGCAUGGGCUUCUUCACCGACGCCUACGACCUCUUCUGCAUCUCCCUCGUCACCAAGCUCAUCGGCCGCGUCUACUACACCGCCGACGGCGCGUCCAAGCCGGGCAGCCUGCCGCCCAACGUCUCGGCGGCCGUGAACGGCGUCGCCUUCGUCGGCACGCUCACGGGGCAGCUCUUCUUCGGGUGGCUCGGCGACAGGGUCGGCCGGAAGAGCGUCUACGGCAUGACGCUGCUCUUGAUGAUCAUCUGCUCCGUCGCGUCGGGGCUGUCGUUCGGGGACACGCCGACGAGCGUCAUGGCCACGCUCUGCUUCUUCCGCUUCUGGCUCGGCUUCGGCAUCGGCGGCGACUACCCGCUCAGCGCCACCAUCAUGUCGGAGUACGCGAACAAGCGGACGCGCGGGGCGUUCAUCGCCGCCGUGUUCGCGAUGCAGGGGUUCGGGAUCCUCGCCGGCGGCGCGGUGGCGAUCGGGAUCACCGCGAUCUUCAGGAGCCGGUUCCCCGCGCCGCCGUUCGCCGCCGACCCGGCGGCGUCCACCCCGCCCCAGGCCGACUACGUGUGGCGGCUCAUCCUCAUGUUCGGCGCGCUUCCCGCGGCGCUCACCUUCUACUGGCGGAUGAGGAUGCCGGAGACGGCGCGGUACACCGCCAUCGUCGCCAAGAACGCGGAGCGCGCCGCGGCCGACAUGUCCAAGGUGCUCCAGGUGAAGAUCACGGCGGAGCAGGCGGAGAUGGCCUCGCCGGUGGACAAGCCCUUCACCAGCAAGCCCUUCGGCCUCUUCUCCGGCGAGUUCGCGCGGCGCCACGGGUUCCACCUCCUGGGCACGACGUCGACGUGGCUCCUCCUGGACAUCGCCUACUACUCCCAGAACCUGUUCCAGAAGGACAUCUUCAGCGCCAUCGGGUGGAUCCCGGAGGCGAAGACGAUGAGCGCGCUGGACGAGCUGUACCACAUCGCGCGCGCGCAGACGCUGAUCGCGCUGUGCGGGACGGUGCCGGGCUACUGGUUCACGGUGGCGCUGAUCGACGUGGUCGGGCGGUUCAAGAUCCAGGCGGCGGGGUUCUUCGUGAUGACGGCGUUCAUGCUGGCGCUGGCGGUGCCGUACGACCACUGGACGGCGGCGGGGAACCAGAUCGGGUUCGUGGUGCUGUACGCGCUCACCUUCUUCUUCGCCAACUUCGGGCCGAACGCGACGACGUUCAUCGUGCCGGCGGAGAUAUACCCGGCGAGGCUGCGCGCGACGUGCCACGGGAUAUCGGCGGCGUCGGGGAAGGUGGGCGCGAUCGUCGGGUCUUUCGGGUUCCUGUACCUGGCGCAGAGCCCCGUCCCGGCCAAGGCGGCGGCGCACGGCUACCCGCCGGGCAUCGGCGUCCGCAACUCGCUCUUCGCGCUCGCCGGCUGCAGCUUGCUCGGCUUCCUCCUCACCUUCCUUGUGCCGGAGCCCAAGGGCAAGUCGCUCGAGGAGAUGUCACGGGAGAACGAGGUCGGCCAGCCGUGAUCCACCCGUUAAUUCCACCGCCGUCCGUCUGCAUGCAAGAUCCAUGCAUAUGCGUGGUUAGUCCACUAGAGAUUUUUGUUCUCUUUUUUCUAGAAUCCAUUGGAAUGCAUAUGUUCUUUUUUUUUCUAGAAUCCAUUAGAGGCUGGAUGAUGAAAUAAUGGCCGCCAAUUAAUUGUUGACGACAAUGUAGUUUAGCAUUAGGUGAGUUUUUCAUAUAAUGAAACUAUCAUUAGAGUUCAUGCUGAUUC